CGACGACGGCCGUUUCUCGACGAAACCCAAGCUUCCUGUUCAAAGCAAAGGCAGCGUCGAAGGCGCGGACCACCGAGAAGGGUUUUUUCCAUAAACCCUAAUCGCAACCAGGAAUCGACGAUUCCUUUUCUCUUCGGUUGUCGAAGCUGCUUGCUUUAAAGGUUGGAAAGCGACAGAGAAGAUUCGAACAGGGACCACUUCCCUCUCUUGUGUCGCUGAUUUGCCCCUGAAAUCUGAAGAUGGUUGAUUCGUGGGAGGAGUUGGUAGGAGAGCAUGAUCCAAACCAACCAGC